CUCUCCUCUCGUAUAAACACGCACAGCCACAGGUAUAUAAGCAUUCUCCUAUAUCUUCAUCUCCAUCGGCUUCAUAUAUAUAGACGAGCGCAAACGAGCCAAAUUCGUCCUGUUGUAAAACCCUAGAUCCAUCCAAUUCACUUCUACAAUAAGAUUAGGUAGGUGAAAAGAAAGCAAAUUAAAAUACCCAGGUGAUUUGAAUUAAUGGCCGAUCCCCAAGGGUUGGAAGGGAGCCAACCAGUUGAUCUCUCUAAGCAUCCUUCUGGGAUUGUCCCAACCCUCCAGAAUAUUGUUUCAACAGUCAAUUUAGACUGCAAACUUGAUCUAAAAGCUAUAGCACUGCAAGCUCGCAAUGCGGAAUACAAUCCUAAGCGUUUUGCUGCUGUGAUCAUGCGGAUUAGAGAACCCAAAACAACAGCUCUUAUUUUUGCAUCUGGAAAGAUGGUUUGUACUGGAGCCAAGAGUGAAGAACAGUCGAGAUUGGCUGCUAGAAAGUAUGCUAGGAUCAUUCAAAAGCUUGGUUUCCCAGCCAAGUUUAAGGAUUUCAAGAUUCAAAACAUUGUUGGUUCUUGUGAUGUGAAAUUCCCCAUUCGACUUGAAGGACUUGCCUAUGCUCAUGGCGCUUUUUCAAGUUAUGAACCGGAACUCUUCCCUGGAUUAAUAUACCGGAUGAAACAGCCAAAGAUAGUGCUGCUAAUUUUUGUCUCUGGAAAGAUUGUUCUCACUGGUGCAAAGGUCAGGGAAGAGACAUAUACUGCCUUUGAAAAUAUAUACCCAGUGCUCACUGAGUUUCGGAAAGUUCAGCAGUGGUAUGGAAAAAUGGUGGUCUUGAUUGCUGCAUUGAGUUAUUGCAUUCUAGUUUCUUGUUAAUAUUUGUGCUAAUUGCUCCCGCUAAUAGAUUAAUGAAUGUGCAUAUGCUGUGUGGGCUUUUGUGUCACACUGGCUGUGGGUUUGGAUAUAAAUACCAUUUAAUUGGGACAUACCCUACUUGUAGGAAUAUAAUGGUUCAACAGUAAAGAAUACAUUAGCAGAACAUUUAUGAAUUGGUUUCACUAGUGGAAGAAUGUACAACACAAGUCAAACUUACUUAGGUGGAUAGCGGAGACGGGAAGUUUCUACAGGUCACUAGUCAACUAAAAUUUAUAUGUAACGAGUAUAAUUUGUCGUGUUUGAUAAUUUGGAUGAAGGUAGACCUUAGAAGAAAGCUGCUGUUUCAGUUAUUUUUUUCUUUAAAUAUGGAGCAUUUCAAUUAAGAUUCUUGUGAUGAAGAUUUUUUGUGCUAAGGUAACUAGCACUUUUAACGAUUUUUCUAUCUGAUGGUAGAUUUAAUCAGAAGUCGAGCACCAUCUCUAGAGAGCCAUGAGGAGUUGAAGAACAUCUGGGAUUGCUUCCACUCAUCAUGGAGAUUACCUGUAAAUAUCUGUAGUGAUGGGGCUAUCUCAUUAGAAUUAUAUUAGUUGAAGUCAUCUAUUUUGGCAACUUUCAUGUGGCCAUGUACUUAUGGCGGAACAAAUUGUACCGAGAGAUGAGAGGCUAAUAAACUGUAAUGGUGUUGCCGCUACUACCUACAAAUUCGAGAUCUUAUUCCUAUAGUUCUUUGUCGUGAACGUUUUUGGUUUGAUCUUUCUCUAUUGUGAUCAAUUUCAUUUUCAUUUUUGUUCUUUGUGAAUUAGUACACAUCAAGACUUGAUUACUGGCAUGAAUUGCUUCUCCACAUUUCUUUUGUUAAAUAUUUCUGUGUGAUCUAAUAAAAACUUGGUUGGCUGCCAAUGCUCUUAUUUUCCAACACUGGAGAAAUACAAUGCAAUCACAUCCUAUUCUUUAGCAUCCGGUUUUCAAUUUUCUCCUUUUGCAAUAGAGCAUGCAUGAAAACCAAGAAAGCAAAAACCAUAGCAACUAUUUACAUAUGCUUCUUUGUAGUUAAUUAUUGUGACAAACUAUCCUCUUACACUUCUCCAAAACAUAGCAACCAUAACAGCAAAAAGUCCCACCAAAUAUCCCAACCCAAAAGGGAGAUUAUCUAUGUACCACAUACUCCCAUCAUCUUCUUCUUCAUCAACCCCUGCCUGCAAAACACCACCAUCAUCACACCUCUUCCGAAUCACAAACCCACAAAGCUUUGGAUUCCCCUCAAAAGAAGCCGCCGGAAAUGUAUCAAACUGUCCCCCUCUCGGAAUUUCCCCUUCAAGAUCAUUAUUUGCAACGCUAAACAAAGAAAGAAAACUAAGACCAGUCAACGACUGUGGAAUCUCGCCCGUCAGAUUAUUUCCCGACAUAUCCAACAUCUCCAAAUUCACGAGAUUCGACAGCUGGCCGGGUAUGCCGCCGUUGAAAUUAUUAUCAGCGAGUUCCAACACGCGAACAAGCCUAAGCCUUCCUAUUUCUUCCGGAAUAUUCCCACUCAGAUUAUUACUGUUCACCUUCAAAGACCUCGGCAGAUUAAACAGACGGUUAUAUUGGUGGGCAUCGAAUAAAAAAGGCAGUGCCAAAUAACUCAAAUCGGAGCUCGUGUUAUCCGAGAUCAAAGCCGAGAGAUGAGUUAUUUCUCUCGGGAGCUGACCCGAAAGCUCAUUUUGAGUCAAGUUCAGAACAAAUAAACUCGGCAUUGAUCCUAGCCAUGUUGGGAUCGAACCCGAGAUCUUGUUAUAAGAAAGAUUAAGCAUUUUGAGCCUUCUCAGCUUCGAAAUCCAAUACGGUAUUCUUCCCUUGAGCUGGCAUCCUCCAAGAGUCAAAAUCUGCAGAUUUUGAAACGAGAAAUCGUCAUAAUCAUCAUCAUCGGGCAUUGUUUCAUCUCUAAAACAUCUCGACAUGAACAAGACUGCCAGCUCAUCACAGUGCCUCAGAAUCUUCAAUGCUCCGGCAACGUUCGACAGAUAAUUGUCCGAAACCGAGAAAUGAGUUAAGGAUGUUAACGAAGCCAUGCACGGCGGGAUUUCUCCCGAAAGCUUGUUAUAUGCCAGUCGAAGGGCUGUUAUCGACCUGCAAAGGCAAAAGCUACUCGGAAUUCCCCCAAUGAAGCUGUUAUUCCCGAGAUCGAUGGCUUGGAGAUUUUGUAGCGUAGAGAAAUCGAGUUUCGAAAUUUCUCCUGAAAAGUUAUUGUUGCGUAAGAGCAGAGUUUUCAGGCUGGAGCAGUUUGUUAGAGACUGAGGCAGGGGACCUUCCAAGCUAUUUGUGUGAAGCUGAAGUUGCUCUAAAUUGGAAAGCAACCCAAUAGCAAGAGGAAUUUCUCCAGUUAACUCGUUCACUUGGAGCUCUAAACUGGUGAGAUUGGGAAGGUGAACAAUGGAGUCAUUGAUUGGCCCAGAAAACAGAUUGUUAGACAGAGAGAUUUGUUGAAGCGUUUUCACCUCGUAAAGAUCGUACGGCAGAAACCCCGAUAAAGAGUUAAAAGCAGCCUUGAAAAUUAUCAGCUUCGAACAUUCACCAAGCCCAGGCAAAACAGACCCAUUAAAUUGGUUAUUUGAAAGAUCCAAGACCUAAUUCGGCAAAUGCCGGAAAAACGCAGGAUCUAAGGACCCGUUUAGCCGAUUGCUCGAUAAAUCCAAAAACCGGAUGGAAAGGAGCGAAGAUUGUGGUGGGGUUUGGAGCGAACCGGAAAAUCGGUUGAAACUCAAGUCCAGAUUUUGCAGACGGGAUAAGGAGUGAAAAACCGAGAAUUGGAGAGGGCCGGUGAGAAGAUUGUGGGAGAGAUUGAGGCGAGAGAGAUAGGAAAGGUUUGCUAGAAAGGGAAGAUCGAGUUUGCCGGAGAGGGAUUUUCCGGGCAGCGAUAGGCCGGUGACUCGAGGAUUUUUGCGAUGGUUUAACGUGCAAGAAAUGCCUUCCCAUUGGCAGCAAUCAGUUGAUAAAGACCAGUUGAGAUGAGGGGAGUUUGCAAAAGAUAAUAGGGAUUGGCGCUCGAUUUCCUUGCAGGCGAGUACGUUUUUUUCGAGUAGAGAGAUCAGAAGAGCAAAGAGGAAGUAGCAAAGAGGUAACAUCUG